GCUGCUGCUGCUGCUGCGGCGGCUCGGCCGACCUGCAGGAGGCGGCGGCGGCGGCCUGGGGAAAAAUGGCGGACGGUGUGGACCACAUAGACAUUUACGCGGAUGUGGGCGAAGAGUUCAACCAGGAAGCGGAAUAUGGUGGGCAUGAUCAGAUAGAUUUGUAUGAUGAUGUCAUCUCUCCAUCUGCAAAUAAUGGAGAUGCCCCAGAAGACCGGGAUUAUAUGGAUACGCUCCCGCCGACUGUUGGCGAUGAUGUCGGCAAAGGAGCAGCACCAAAUGUUGUAUACACUUAUACUGGAAAGAGGAUUGCAUUAUAUAUCGGAAAUCUAACUUGGUGGACAACAGAUGAAGACUUAACGGAAGCAGUUCAUUCUUUGGGGGUAAAUGAUAUUUUGGAGAUAAAAUUUUUUGAAAACAGAGCAAAUGGCCAAUCAAAGGGAUUUGCCCUUGUUGGUGUUGGAUCUGAGGCAUCUUCAAAAAAGUUAAUGGAUCUGUUGCCCAAAAGAGAACUUCAUGGUCAGAAUCCUGUUGUAACUCCAUGCAAUAAACAGUUCCUGAGUCAAUUUGAAAUGCAAUCCAGGAAAACUACACAAUCAGGACAGAUGUCUGGGGAAGGGAAAGCUGGUCCUCCAGGAGGCAGUUCACGUGCAGCAUUCCCACAAGGUGGUAGAGGACGGGGCCGUUUUCCAGGGGCUGUUCCUGGUGGGGACAGAUUUCCUGGGCCAGCAGGACCAGGAGGGCCACCUCCACCUUUUCCAGGAAAUUUGAUCAAGCAUCUUGUUAAAGGAACUCGGCCUUUGUUCCUGGAAACUAGGAUUCCAUGGCAUAUGGGGCACAGCAUAGAGGAAAUACCCAUUUUUGGCCUAAAAGCUGGACAAACUCCACCACGUCCACCCUUAGGUCCUCCAGGCCCACCUGGCCCACCAGGUCCUCCACCUCCUGGCCAGGUUCUGCCUCCUCCUCUGGCGGGACCUCCAAAUCGUGGAGAUCGCCCUCCACCACCAGUUCUUUUUCCUGGACAACCUUUCGGGCAACCUCCAUUGGGUCCACUUCCUCCUGGGCCUCCACCUCCAGUUCCAGGCUACGGCCCCCCUCCUGGUCCUCCACCUCCUCAACAGGGACCACCUCCACCUCCAGGUCCCUUUCCACCUCGCCCUCCUGGUCCACUUGGGCCACCCCUUACACUUGCUCCUCCUCCGCAUCUUCCGGGACCACCGCCAGGUGCCCCACCACCAGCUCCACAUGUGAAUCCAGCUUUCUUUCCUCCACCAACUAACAGUGGCAUGCCUACAUCUGAUAGCCGAGGUCCACCACCAACAGACCCAUAUGGCAGACCACCACCUUAUGAUAGGGGUGACUAUGGCCCCCCUGGGAGGGAAAUGGAUACUGCAAGAACACCACUGAGUGAGGCUGAGUUUGAAGAAAUCAUGAAUAGAAACAGGGCAAUCUCAAGCAGUGCUAUUUCGAGAGCUGUGUCUGAUGCCAGUGCUGGUGAUUAUGGGAGUGCUAUUGAGACAUUGGUAACAGCAAUUUCUUUAAUUAAACAAUCCAAAGUAUCUGCUGAUGAUCGUUGCAAAGUUCUUAUUAGCUCUUUGCAAGAUUGCCUUCAUGGGAUCGAGUCCAAGUCAUAUGGCUCUGGAUCGAGAAGACGUGAACGUUCAAGAGAAAGGGACCAUAGUAGAUCACGAGAAAAGAGUCGUCGUCAUAAAUCCCGAAGUAGAGAUCGCCAUGAUGAUUAUUAUAGAGAGAGAAGCAGAGAACGAGAGCGACACCGGGACCGGGACCGAGACCGAGACCGGGAACGUGACCGAGAGCGAGAGUACCGUCAUCGUUAGAAGCUGAAGGAAGAGGAACAGCUUGCAAGACAAAACAGUCUUCAUGGGGGAAAUGACGCUUGUCCAGCAGUUUGCUUCUUGUGAAUGAACUGAGCCUGUAAGGAUUCAUGGAUUAUCUGAACAGGAAUAGAUCUGAAUAAAGCAAAUCUGCAUACAUGGUAACCAGUAGCUCUACUUUUAUUUUUUUUUUAUGUUGCUUAACUGUUUUAUUUGGAGGAAAACUGUGUGAUUUAAAAAGUUAAUAGCUUUUGCAACUUUAUUACUGGUUAAAUACAUUUGGCUAUUAUAAUGUGCAAGCAGUUGGACAAAAACAUCAAGUAAAUGCUUGUUUUUAUAGUAGUUUGUUCUUGUUAAAACUGUUCAUAUGAUAAUGUCUGUAAACAGCACCACUUUGAUUACAUAGAUGUAGUGUUGUAAUAAACUGUUUAAUGGGGCUGAUGUGUAAAGCUGUUCAAGUUAUUUGAUGUUUACACCUCAGGGAAAGUCUUGUGUUCAGCAAUAUCUAAAGAUAAUGUUACUAUGACAACAUUUUUACUGUCCUUUAAAAAAGCAUUGCAAUAGUGUAUUUGGAUAUGCAUCCAUCUAACCUUGCGUUCAGUGAAUUAAACAUGACUAGCUAAGUGUCUA